GCUUUUCGCCGAACAGUAAAAAAACGAUACAGAAAACGAUACAGCGAAUUUCAGUCUUCCUCCCCCAGACCAUAUCGAUGGAAUCUUUAGCGGAAAUUUUCUCCAACCUAAAGCCCCAGUUUGAAAAAGUGAUCAAAAACCCAAACCUUUCCGAUAUCAACCAACUACAUGACUACUUACGGCGAAUCGACGCAGCCAGUCUACAGAUUCUGCAAAAUGUUUUCUUGCAACAACUGGUUAUCUUGGUGGAUUCGGUUCCUGGAGAGAACAAGAACGAACUAAAAACUGCCCUUAUGGAUUGCGUUUGUACCAUACUGGAAAAAACCAAAUUGCGCCAAGCGGUGGCCAUGAAGACGACGGUUGUGGUCUUGGUAAAGCAAAUCUACGACCCUCAGAGCGGACAGCUGAUCGCCAACCUCUCCGAAGAGUUCAAGCUAGGCGUGGUGCGUGGUCUUACGCUGGCCACCCGAAACGUACAAUCAGAGCUGAUCGAACAGAUCUACGUCAAGGAUAAUCUGAAUUUGAUCUCGCAGGUUCUCUUUGUCUGCGUUAGUGUCCUAGCGAAUGAACGCUACCGGAAACUGCGUUUCGCUGCCAUCGAAUGCAUUUUGAGUACAAUGCAGAUCCACGAUGGGUUCGAUUCCGACGAUCCCGUAUUACGCUGUCAAGUGGCUGAGUUGCUGUUUAUAGUUUUACCCAAGCUUCUGUCGGCACUGAUCCAGGUCAUCAACGGAGACGAAAAGCAAGGUCGAGCAUUGCUAUGCAUGGCCAUUAAAACCUUGGGUCGAGUUUUGUGUUUGAUAUUCGAGGAUUAUGAUCGGCAAGAUGCGAACGAAUAUGCUAGUACAGAAGAUUUCUUGCGACUUUGCCGGGAAUCUAACACAGAUGGGUCAGGCGAUACCGGUAAUAUCCUUGGAAUGGGUCUCAAGAACCCCAAAGCUAGGGAGGACUAUUUCAACAGCACUAAACGAAACCUACAAUGGUUGCUAGAGGCGGAGAAAAAGGUGGCCAAAGUAUUGGAAACUAUUUAUCAUUUACGAGGCGCAGAGGAAGAAUUGGUGAGGCUGCAAUACGCACGAAUGAAUAUCGAGCUGUACGGAAAGUGUGUUCGAAAUAUGCCCACAUGUUCGAUCACGUUCUUAGAAUCUCUUUUGGCUCUUAGUCAGGACGACUCUUCUAAGGUGAGUACGUCAGCCAGAGCUGUUUACGAGAAUUCUGAUUCAAGUACCAAAAUUCCACGGUUUGGUUUAACGCGAAUGGACGAAUUGUUAUUUGUUGGUUUAAAAGCUGCUCCCAGAACAAUAUAUAGAGGUGUCGAAUCCGAACAGAUUUCUCAUUUCCGUCUGCUGGCUGGGUACAUUAGCUUCCUAACCGAUCGACAGCUAGUAGUUUUAUUAUCCGACCAAGAAGUUUUGAAUCAGUUGAUAAUGGUACUGGUUGCAGGAGUGGAGUUAGACCAUCCUGAAGAGUUGGUCCGUAGAGAGUACGUUUCUUAUCGUUUCGAUUAUGUGAAGAAAGUUGAAAAUAUUAACGAAAAUCUAGAGUCUCGUUGGUUUGUUUUGAAAAAUUUUCACAGUUCGUCGAGAGCACAGAAAAGUUUCCUUCGAAUAAUUCAGAAUUCUCAGGAUAGACCGGAAACCCUAGCAGUUAUAUUAAACUAUAUAAUGGAAGACUUGUUUAGCACUCGUUUAAAUACAAAUGGAUAUUUGUAUUUGUUAUCUGAGAUGAUUCCGAAAAGUUGUGCUAACGAAUCACUUUUGGGCAUUUUUCGAACAGUAUUGGAAGAAAUUCUUCAGUCCUACCACUGGGAUUUGGAGUUGGAGGAAUCAGCCGAAAGUGUGAACGAUUUAAAAUUCAAUUGCUUACAUAUUUGCUUAUGCUUGAGAAUAGUCUGCCGCCUAGGAAAUCUUUUUCGAUGGGACUAUCGAUGGCAAUUGUAUGAUGUUUUGAAGUACGCACUUCCUUUAACAAGAACUACUUUACAUAGCAUCAGCCAAGCAGCAGAGCAGACGUUGGCUUCAAUUGCUAGUGACUUGAAAUUGGAAUCGAUUCAGCAGCUGAUAUUCGAGCAUCUAGAUUAUAUUUCACAGCAUACAAACCGUUGCCUAAAACGUUCGGAAUCAUUUUCAAGCGGAGUACGCCUUCUAGAAGCAGUCCUCCGAUUUGUUCCUUAUGAAUCAUCGGCUGUGUUAGAGUCUACUAUCAGUCCAAUAGUAAUGAAUAUUUUGGACGACCAUGAUCAACGAGCUGGGGACGGGAGAAUUCUCUGUCUUCGAGUGUUGCAAAUUUUUAUACGUGCCAUUCGAUAUCGCUUUCGACGAGAAGCGUCCUCAGAACAACAACUCGAUGAAGAAGAGUCCAAAGCACGAGAAAAACUCCAACAACGGAUAGCUCAACUAAAGGAAGAAUUAACUAAUAAGCUACCCCCAGAAGGAGCUACCAUAGAAGAAGUUACCGAAGAACAAGACUCAGAAUCAAACCCACCCGUUGAUGACAUGGAAACCGACUUUGAACCUUAUCAAAGCGAGGAAGAAAAAUUGCCUCCCCAUAUUCGGAUAACCAUAAAGAUUUUGGAAGUUAACUUUAAGUACCUUUCUUCUACUGUCCAAGAAGAACGAAUCGUGGCACUGUCAACAUUAGAUGAAGGAAUAAACCUUCUCGCACAUCACGAAAACCAGCUGCUUCCCCUGGUACAUCAAAUUUGGUUCAACUUUGCCGAAAGAUUUGCUGAUUCUAGUCCAGUAGUGCUGGGAUAUGCUUUCGAUCUGUUGAUUACACUCGCCCGUCUAGCUAAGGAUUUUAUCCGAAAACGCACGCUGGACGAUGUCCUUCCACGACUUAGCGAGUUUAUGAAGCAAAACCUGACCGCAGAUUUCAGCGCCCUGCAAACCUAUAAAUUGCAGCGGAAAAUUCUCGUCCAAGCACCGGCACUGGUUGUUUCCCUUCGGCUAAACGAACGGCAACUAGAUCAGGUUUUGGAGGUGGGUAAGCUCUAUCUGGACCGUUCCGAGCGUAAGGAGUUGCAGCACCUGGCCAAAGGCUUUUUCGAUCAACUUGCACGUUACGAUCCGGCUGCUGUCUUUGUUAAAUUAAAUAGCUCAAGAAGUGUUCAAUAAAAAAUACAGCCUAAACUUCUUGGAUGGAAAA